AUGUUUGGGCGUUUUGUGUCAGCUACACUGAUCGUGCUGAUCGGUUUCUGGCACUAUGGAUGUGCUUCGAGGAUACUCGGAGUAUUUCCAAUACCUUCCAUGAGCCAUCAAUCAGUAUUUCGUGGGUUGACCCUAGCGUUAAGGGAACGGGGUCAUGAGCUCGUUGUUGUGACCACAGAUCCUGUCAACAAUCCAAAUCUGGCUAAUUACACUGAGAUAGAUGUAAACUUUCUCUAUGGCAAUUUCGAGGAUGUGAAUUGGAUUGUGAAUCGAGAAAAAAAAGUGACUUCUAGCACGUUCGAGUCCUUCUCGGAGCAGUUUCACGCACAAUGCGAAGGGAUCCUCAGCCAUCCUGAACUGAAAAAGCUUUACGCGCCGGACAGUGGCGAAAAGUUUGACUUGUUGCUUGUUGAGAUGUUUUAUCAUCCCUCCCUUUAUCCUCUCGCUACGCGAUUUCAGGCUCCGAUUAUCGGAGUGUCGUCUAUGGGUCUAAAUUUCAACGUUCAGUACGCGAUUGGCAAUCCUAUUAUGCCUUCUCAUCCGUCAAAUUGGGAUCCGGAACAAAAAUUUACCGGUAAAUUGACACUUUGGCAAAGAAUAAAGAACUUUGCAUGGACAUGGAAAUAUCUGUACGACUACAGUCGUACUUACAUGCCAGUGCAGCGGGCUAUUGCGAGUAAAUAUUUUGGAAACGACAUUCCUGAUAUCAGCGAAAUCGAGAAGAACAUCAGCUUGGUCUUGGUCAACCAGCAAGCGCCGAUCGCGUACCUUAGACCAAAUGUGCCGAAAAUGAUAGACUUCGGUGGAUUUCACAUUGCAAAGAAAAUGAAGCCUAUGUCAAAGGAUCUUCAAAAGAUUUUGGAUGAUUCGACGCAAGGCUUCAUUUACAUGAGUCUCGGGUCAAAAGUGAAAAGUGCGAUGUUGAGUGAUGAAAGGCGAGCAGAAUUCAUCGCUGCCUUUGCGAAACUACCAUACACUGUUAUUUGGAAAUUUGAGGAUGAGCUUCUUCCGAAUCAACCACCCAACGUCCUAAUUAUGAAGUGGACUCCACAGCAGGCCAUCCUAGCACACCCGAACCUGAAACUUUUCAUAUACCACGGAGGACUGCAAAGCACGGAGGAGGCAGUAUCUCAUGGCGUACCUGUAAUUGGGCUUCCAGUAUUUGCCGACCAGGACGUAAACACUGGCAAAAUGGCGUCUCUUGGUGUUGGGAUAAAGUUGGAAAUUCUUACUGUCAAAAGAGACGAGUUGCUUGAAGCAAUAAACACUGUUGUUUCUGACACAAGCUACAAGAAACGCAUGAUGGACUUGCGAAAUUUGAUCAAAGACAAACCUUACGAUUCGAUGGAGAACGCGAUUUGGUGGACAGAGCAUGUGAUACGUCAUAAAGGAGCUCCGUAUCUGCAGUCCACUACGGCCGACGAGCCGUGGUAUCAGCUUCAAGAUAUGGACAUUGUUUUCAUACUUUCCGCCGGAUCUCUCGUGACUUUAAGUUUUGUAUUAGUUGUAUUCUACAAGUUGUUGAUUAGCAGUUUUUCUGCCUCCAAUAAGCUGCCGGCCAGCAAAAAAGACAAACUCAAUUAA